UUAGUCAAGUAAACCUCAUAUAUCAAUGUUAUGUGCAUUAAUUGGUAUUAUGGCCAUCCCGAAUAGAUAAAAGGUCAUAAACAUGCCACAUAACAAUGGUCUUUUGAUAGGAUGAGCCUGCAUGUACACAGACCCACAACACACACUCCUGCAGGCUGACAUUUACCCUCAUGCACACUGACUGACACCUGCCUGACAGACACCAUGUGAUGCUGAAGGGAGGUGUUAAUGUUUAGUUAUUGCUGUGACGUGUGGGACGGCCCAUUCCUGCAGGUGACUGCUUGGAGAACCUCUAGAACCAGCAACACAAAUUCCUUCAACUGGCUCAGCAUUUCUCUGUGCAACAAGACCCUGAAAGAUGCCUAAAUAUCUAUCAGUAAGCCCCUUUGAAGAAAUAAGUGUGAAGACUGAAAAUAGACCUCACCCGAAGAAACAACGCUACUUACGUAAAGAGGGCAGCUGUAAAGUGGUGUUUCGCCACGUUCCAGAAGAAUGGCUGCUGUUUGUCAAUGACAUCUUUACCACCUUAGUUGAGAUCAGGUGGAGGGUGAUGUUCCUGAUUUUUGCAUCAUCUUACAUCCUUUCCUGGCUUGUCUUUGGAGUCCUUUAUUUUGUCAUUGCUUUGGCUCACGGAGAUCUCAGAGACCACAAUAAUGACCCCUGUGUAUUUGAGGUGCGCAGCUUCACAGCCAGUUUCCUCUUUUCUCUGGAAACCCAGACCACCAUUGGUUACGGCUUUAGAGGAAUGUCUGAGAACUGCAUGACUGCCAUCAUCAUUGUUACCAUACAAGAUGUCAUCAGCUGCUUCAUUGACACUUUUGUCAUUGGAAUUGUGGUGGCCAAAAUGGCCUCGGCCCGAAAGAGGGCACAGACCAUCAGCUUCAGCAACCGUGCUGUCAUCAACCUUCGAGACGGGUAUCUAUGUCUUUCUUGGAGGGUUGGGGAUUUCCGCAGGUACCACAUGGUGGAGGGAACGUGCUGUGCUCAUAUUCUCCGCACCAUAGUGCACACAACCGGGUUAGUCGAUGUAACCUAUGAAGAUGUGGUCAUCCAGCAGAAGGACAUUAUCUUGAUCACACCUACCACCAUUUUCCACCGAAUUGAACCUGGAAGUCCGCUGUACAAUAUGAGUUUGGAAGAUCUCCGAAAGGCAGACUUUGAACUGGUGGUAUCGUUCACCUACACAGACGACUCCACCGGCAUGCUCCAUCAGACCCGGACAUCAUACACAUCAGAUGAGAUCCUCUGGGGUCAUCUUUUUCAGGAGAUGAUCAGAGUGACCAAGAAGCACUUCAGGAUCGAUUACAACCUGUUCAAUAACACUGAUAAAGUGCUGGUACCUCUGGUCAGCGCUGAGGAGUAUAAGCUGAAGAAGAAUGAGGAGGAGCAGAAGAAGCUUUGGCUUUCUGCUCGGGCUUCUCCAAAAAAUUCCCCCAGGUGUUCCCCACUGCCAUCUUUACGAUCACUGCAGCAAAGUCAUAAAGAGAAUUGUCUGAACCCUCCAACAGCAAUGGUUGAACAUAAGGGAGACAACCAGCCAGAGCCAAAUGUUACAGCAACACAAACUGAAAAUCAACAUCAAGAAACUUUGACUGUGUCAAAAGACCUCACAAUCACAGAAUAAAAGAAACAGAGCUUUGGUAUUUGAGAUUUUACUAAAAGCCAACUCAGUACCAGCUGUAGUGUUACCAACAUCAACACUUAACCAAAAUAUAUUUUUGGAGCAGCCAACAUUCUUCAUCUUUGUUCAAUCUAGCACCUUGCAGGACAUUGUUUGGUCUAGAAAAUUAAAGACCUUUUCGGUUUUGAAAUUUGGAGCUUUGCUUAGCUAAAGUCCAGAAGUUCUGGAGUUUUACCUUAUGAUAAAACCUUAUGAUAUUUCUCACCACGGCCCCAGUGCUCUACUACCAUGAGUAAACAUGUAUAAAAGGCCUCAAAACAAAGUGUCAUAGCUGCACUAACGUUAUGAGUUCCACACCUACUGGCAACCUGUAGUUAAGACUUCCCACAACUCUCCUUUUUCCAACAGGACAACACUCUCACUAUAGCUUCUUCUCAUUUACUUCCAAAGGUUGGAGAACAUUCUGUGUUGAUGUGGCCAGAUUUUUAUUUAACCUCUUCUGGUAUUUCAAAGAGUUUAUGAUACCAAGCAUUCUAACAAUUUUCCAAAGAGCCUUUGGAAUAUAAACAGGCCCAUGGCAUCACAGAUCCUUCAUCAUAAUUAAUAGUUGGUAUGAGGGUCUUUUCUAUGUGUUCAUUCUUUGUUUUGACAUGUGUUGCUGCAAACACAAACUUAGUCUCAUCUGAUCAAAACACACGGUUCCAGUUAAAGUUCAAGUAACUUUUAGCAAGCUCAGUUUUUACAUUUCUGUUGGUAGGACGGAGCACACUUUUUCCCUGGCCUGCCUCUCAAACAUGUAUAUUGUAUCCAAUAGUAAUUAUACAGACUUGGAGACAAGAUGCCACUUUUUGCUGCAGUUGACUAACAUUGAGCUUUGGAGUUCUUUUAACCUUCUUUACCAUCCUGCUCACUAUAUGCAAGUUGUCCAGAUAAACUUGGAUCAUGGUCCAGCCUUGGUUGUAACAGUUCUAGUUGUCUUUAACUUUUCAAUGAUUCAUCUGACUGUAAAUUUUGGCAGACUGUAGAACAGUAGCUGUUUUUUGUAGCCAUUUCUUGACUUAAAAAGAUCAGGGCACGUGUCUUUUCCUCUUGAAGAGUCGGUAAGCAAAACUGCCCUCUCUGACAUAUUUACAUGUUAAAAGAAUGUUGUGAAUAACUAGUAAAAAGUACCAUGAUGCUUUUAACUAUUAAAAACUUUUGUAUAAAUAGAAAAGACUUCAGUUACAUUUAUUAUAUGUGGAUGGUAAAGACUACAAAUAAUUGUGGCUAUUCUGAUCAUUUUAAAAAAACUUUUUCUUGCCACAAAAUUUGUUUCCCUCUGAAUGAAAGUUUAAAGAUUAAAGUUUGGAGAUGGUUAUGAGAUUGUGCUACUGGAAUAAAGGAUUUCUGAAGCUCUUUGCAAUAUUUUUACCAAGGUCACAAAACGCGCAGAAGGCCUUGUAACUGAUGCUAUUUUCUUUCCUUUUUUUAUCAACCACUUAAAAAAAGUGACAUCUGGUUAUGAUACCAUACUGCACAAUACAUGUAUGCAUCUUUCAUUUGUUUGUUUCCAUUUAUGUUUAAAUGUACGAACAAAAUGACUAUAAACACAAUAGUUUCAUAAAUAUUUGUAUGUGUUCUGUAAUAUUUUUCUAUGCACAAUCAGCAUGGACUAAUUUCCAUUUUCAAUAAAUAUUACAGUUGAAAAAGCUCUGAAACAAAUCACAUUUUCAGUCAUACUGUACAUAGGCCUCAAACUACUUUUGAAAAGAUACUGGGAAUGGUGUAAAGUUUCUCAAUUCAUGCAGAGCAUAGAUCAGUGCUCCCAGGUUAUUUUACAAUGAACAGCGCAUAUCCAUAAAGACAUUUAAAAUAGAUCCUCAAAAUAAUUAGGUUGUAGACAUUUUUUAUGAUUCUAUUUUUGUCUUUAAUUACUGUGUAUAUUUCGGUUUGUUUCUUAAUCACAAUAUCUUUUUGCUUGUUGUCUCAUAUUUAGGAUGACAUGAACUUUAAAUGUCAUUUCUGUAUUUUAUUAAUGGUGUUUAUCAAUACAUCUAAAGCAGACACUUAAAUUAAAUUGUUACUGUCAACACCUUCA